AAGAGAGGAGCCGUCAUGUCGCCACACUUUACAGAUGAGGAGUUCCAGAGCGCGUGGAGGGAGCUGGAUGAGCCGCAGCUGGAGGGCGGAUGGGAGCUGUUCGUGGAGACGAUGGGGGUCACCAUCUAUCGGCUCUAUGACAAGGAAACUCGUCUUUAUGAGUACAAGGUCUUUGGCGUGCUUGCCAGCUGCACUGCAGAGCUGUGUGCAGAUGUCUACAUGGACCUGGCGUAUCGGAAACAUUGGGAUAAAUAUGUGAAAGAGCUCUAUGAGAAGGACUUCAGUGGACAGACUGCGAUCUACUGGGAAGUGAAAUACCCAUUGCUUCUGACAAACAGAGACUACGUGUACGUGAGGGAGCGCAGAGACCUGGACGUGGACGGCAGGAAGAUCAGCGUGAUCCUGGCCAGAAGUGCGGCGGAGAUACCGUGUGCAGAGAACAGCGGCGUGCUGCGGGUCAAAGACUACAAGCAGAGCGUCGCCCUGGAGAGCGACGGAGGCUGUGGGACGAAAGUCUUCAUGAAUUACUUCGAUAACCCCGGUGGCAGUAUCCCUACCUGGCUGGUGAACUGGGCAGCGGGGACUGGGGUUCCGGGUUUCUUAACGGACAUGCAGAAGGCCUGCAGCAAAUACAGCGACUACUGCCAGAAGAAAUGAACGCAGCUGACUGAACGGCUCAUGCACAAAGGGCUCAGUUUAACAAAAUCAAUUAUUGAUGGUGGAUGUGGCAUGGCGUUGGCUGCUACUUGUCCUUGUAGCAUGCUGUUGACUCAGGCAUGAUGUGCAUGACCGGCCACCCUCAUUACGAGGCUGGUGUGGAAUCGAUUUGGUUUCAUUGUACUGUAUCAAUCAAUACUGUAUCGUCUCCUUUUGUGUGCUAUCACUGUGAGCUUCGGUGCCUCCAGGAUUUAGGGGCUUUCAUUAAUCCUUUUUAAAAAAAUUGAUAGGAAAUACUCAAAUGUAGUCUUACUUUGGGGGCCUAUGCUGUGGAACAAUGAUUAGUUGAAAUUGCAGCUUGUUGCAUAAGAUUUCAUCCUUUUAUCUUGUUUUAAACUAGUUUACUGUUCAUGUUGAAAUGUACAGAAGCUCAACACACAAUAUAUGAACCUCGUGUUUGGAGUUAAAACUCCCCUGGAAGAAAACAUUAAUGUUUUUAGUUCUAUUUAGAACAUGGGUUAGUGGUGCACCACAGCCUCUUGUGGCCAACAUGAGUAUUACAACAUCAAACACUGACAAAAAUGAUCCUGAAUUUCACCUAUUUUCAUGAAUGGAAAAGAAAAGUUAGUAAAUAAAAUUAUAAAAUG